CCGCAGGUGGCUCGGGCCGGGAGCCGGGUGCGCGGGCGGCCGCUGGGGAGUGGAGGCGGGAGGCGGGCCCUCGCUCACCCCGCUCGCCGCCUCGGCGCUGCGGGCUGGGACGGAGCGAGCCUGGGGCGCGCGAAGGGCGCGCGGCACCCACUUGACGGCUGGCGGCGCCCGCGGCUCUCAGCAUGUUUCGCGAGGCGAAGGUUUUCCUCCCGCCCGUGGGCUGAGGCGGCGGCGGCCCGAAGAGGCGACAUGCACCUGCCAGGCGCGGUUUAGAGGACGCGGCCAGGCGGCAAGUCCCGGCCGCCAGCCGGAGGGCUUUCUUCGCCCGCCCGCCGCCGCUUGCCGCCGCCGCCGCGAGCCCGAGCGGCGGGGUGGGCGCCCCGUCAUGGCGGCCCGGAGCGCCCCGAGCUGCCACCUGCGGCUCGAGUGGGUGUACGGCUACCGGGGCCACCAGUGCCGCAACAACCUCUACUACACAGCGGCCAAGGAGAUCGUGUACUUCGUGGCGGGCGUCGGCGUGGUGUACAGCCCGCGGGAACACCGGCAAAAGUUCUACCGGGGCCACAGCGACGACAUCAUCAGCCUCGCACUGCAUCCUGAACGAGUGCUGGUAGCAACAGGGCAAGUUGGGAAAGAGCCCUAUAUCUGUGUCUGGGAUUCGUACACUGUGCAGACCAUAUCAGUUCUGAAGGACGUUCACACGCAUGGGGUAGCUUGCCUGGCGUUCGACUUAGAUGGACAGCGCUUGGUUUCCGUUGGACUUGAUUCAAAAAAUGCAGUUUGUAUUUGGGAUUGGAAAAGGGGAAAAAUGUUGUCCAUGGCUCCUGGUCACACGGAUAGAAUAUUUGAUAUUUCUUGGGAUUUGUACCAGCCAAAUAGGCUUGUCAGCUGUGGUGUAAAACAUAUUAAGUUCUGGAGUUUAUGUGGAAAUGCUCUGACCCCAAAACGAGGGGUCUUUGGUAAGACUGGUGACCUUCAGACAAUAUUGUGCCUGGCCUGUGCAAGGGAUGAAUUGACAUAUUCUGGUGCACUCAGUGGGGAUAUAUAUGUUUGGAAAGGAAUCAGUCUUAUACGAACAAUCCAGGGAGCCCAUACUGCAGGGAUUUUUAGCAUGAAUGCUUCUGAAGAAGGCUUUGCUACUGGUGGCAGAGAUGGCUGUAUUCGUCUUUGGGAUUUAACUUUUAAACCAAUUACUGUGAUUGAUCUCAGGGAAACAGACCAGGGAUACAAAGGUUUGUCUGUGAGGAGUGUGUGCUGGCGCGGUGACCACAUUCUAGUGGGAACACAGGACAGUGAAAUUUUUGAAAUUGUGGUGCAUGAAAGAAACAAACCUUUCCUGAUCAUGCAAGGGCACUGUGAAGGCGAACUUUGGGCACUUGCCGUCCACCCUACUAAACCCCUGGCAGUGACUGGAAGUGAUGAUCGUUCAGUCAGGUUAUGGAGCCUAGUAGAUCAUGCAUUAAUAGCAAGGUGUAAUAUGGAAGAACCGAUUCGCUGUGCAGCGGUGAAUGUGGAUGGAAUCCAUCUUGCCCUUGGAAUGAAGGAUGGCUCGUUCACGGUACUUAGAGUAAGAGAUAUGACAGAAGUCGUACAUAUUAAAGAUAGGAAGGAAGCAAUUCAUGAGUUAAAAUACUCACCAGAUGGAACUUACCUUGCUGUUGGGUGCAAUGACGGCUCAGUGGAUAUUUAUGGAGUUGCUCAGCGUUAUAAAAAAAUCGGGGAAUGCGUGGGGUCACUUAGUUUCAUCACUCACCUGGACUGGUCCUCAGACAGCAGGUAUCUACAGACAAAUGAUGGAGAUGGCAGAAGACUUUUUUAUAGGAUGCCAGGAGGAAGAGAAGUGACAAAUAAAGAAGAAAUAAAAGGUGUUCACUGGGCUUCAUGGACAUGUGUUUCAGGCCUUGAAGUAAAUGGAAUUUUGCCCAAGUAUUCAGAUACCAAUGAUAUAAAUUCAGUAGAUGGAAACUAUAUGGGCCAAGUUUUAGUUACAGCUGAUGACUAUGGAAUUGUAAAAUUAUUUCGAUAUCCUUGUUUAAGAAAAGGGGCCAAAUUUAAAAAAUAUAUUGGCCACUCGGCUCACGUAACUAAUGUCAGAUGGUCACAUGAUUACCAGUGGGUUAUUUCUAUCGGUGGAGCAGACCACUCGGUCUUCCAGUGGAAAUUCAUUCCUGAAAGAAAACUGAAAGAUGCCCUUCACAUAGCACCCCAAGAAAGCCUGGUUGACUCGAACAGUGAUGAAUCAGAUUCAGACCUGUCCGAUGUCCCAGAACUGGAUUCUGAAAUUGAGCAAGAGACGCAGCUCACUUACCGCCGGCAGGUUUACAAAGAAGAUCUACCUCAGCUUAAAGAACAGUACAAAGAGAAGCGAAAGAGUGACACUUCUAAAAGAAGAGAGCGGGCUCCCGAAAACAGUAUUCGGUUACACUUUGUGCACGGUUACAGAGGUUAUGACUGUCGAAGUAAUCUGUUUUAUACUCAAAUCGGUGAAAUUGUGUACCACGUGGCAGCAGUGGGUGUCAUUUAUAAUCGACAGCAGAACACACAGCGCUUUUACCUGGGUCAUGAUGACGACAUCCUCUGCCUGGCUAUUCAUCCUGUGAAAGACUUUGUGGCGACCGGCCAGGUAGGUAGGGACCCUUCGAUUCACAUAUGGGAUACAGAGACCAUUAAACCUUUGUCUGUAUUAAAGGGCUGCCACCAGUAUGGUGUCUGUGCUGUUGAUUUCUCAGCGGACGGGAAACGCUUGGCUUCCGUUGGGAUAGACGACAGCCACACUAUCGUGCUGUGGGACUGGAAGAGAGGAGAGAAGCUGUCGACAACAAGAGGAAGUAAAGAUAAGAUUUUUGUUGUAAAGAUGAACCCCUGCGUGCCUGAUAAAUUAAUUACAGCUGGAAUUAAACACAUGAAAUUUUGGCGUAGAGCAGGGGGAGGACUGAUUGGAAGGAAGGGCCACACGGGCACGCUGGGGAAAAACGACACGAUGAUGUGCGCCGUGUACGGCUGGACCGAAGAGAUGGCCUUUUCUGGAACGUCCACAGGAGACGUGUGCAUCUGGAGAGACAUCUUCCUCGUGAAAACAGUUAAAGCCCACGAUGGGCCCGUGUUCAGUAUGCACGCAUUGGAAAAAGGAUUUGUUACCGGAGGAAAAGAUGGUAUAGUAGCUCUCUGGGAUGACUCCUUUGAAAGAUGUCUCAAGACCUAUGCUAUAAAAAGAGCUGCUUUGGCCCCGGGAUCUAAAGGUCUUCUCUUAGAAGAUAACCCAUCUAUACGUGCCAUAUCAUUAGGACAUGGUCAUAUUUUAGUUGGCACAAAGAAUGGUGAAAUACUAGAAGUGGAUAAAAGUGGUCCAGUAACGCUUCUGGUCCAGGGACACAUGGAAGGAGAGGUGUGGGGUUUGGCUACCCAUCCUUACCUGCCCAUCUGUGCUACUGUGAGUGAUGACAAAACCUUAAGAAUAUGGGAUCUGUCUCCUAGUCAUUGUAUGUUGGCCGUCCGGAAACUGAAAAAGGGUGGACGGUGCUGCUGUUUCUCUCCCGACGGGAAGGCUUUAGCUGUGGGUCUCAGUGACGGCAGCUUCCUAAUGGCGAAUGCGGAUACUCUGGAGGACCUCGUGUCUUUUCACCACAGGAGAGACAUCAUCUCAGACAUUCGGUUCUCCCCAGGUUCUGGAAAGUACCUCGCGGUCGCGUCCCAGGACGGCUUCGCGGACAUCUACCACGUGGCGAGCAGCAAGCGCGUGGGCGUGUGCCGGGGGGCCGCGAGCCACAUCACCCACAUCGACUGGGACGCCAGAGGAAAGCUUUUACAAGUCAACACUGGUGCUAAAGAGCAGUUGUUCUUCGAAGCUCCCAGAGGGAAAAGGCAAACUGUCCCCGGUGCGGAGGUAGAGAAGAUCGGCUGGGCGUCGUGGACAGGUGUGCUGGGCUUAUGCUGUGAGGGGAUCUGGCCAGUCAUUGGAGAAGUCACGGAUGUAACCGCCUGCUGCCUCACCAACGACAAAAUGGUCCUGGCUACUGGGGAUGAUUUGGGAUUUGUGAAGUUAUUUAGAUAUCCUGCUAAAGGGAAAUGUGGAAAGUUUAAGAGGUACGUGGCCCAUAGCGCCCACGUCACCAACGUUCGCUGGACGUACGACGACAGCAUGCUGGUUACCCUGGGAGGUGCGGACAUGUCUUUAAUGGUUUGGACCAACGAAGUGGAGGGCUGUCGGGGAAGAGGGCCCUGUGACAGUGAAGAGUCCGACGCAGAUUCUGAAGAAGAUGGGGGCUAUGACAGUGACGUCACAAGGGAGAAUGAAAUCAGUUACGCCAUCAGAGCCUUCUCAACGAACCUUCGUCCAAUGUUUGGACUCAAGCCUCAUUUGCAACAAAAAGAACCUUCAGUGGAUGAGAGGCAGGGGGUAGUAAGAGGUUCCAGGCCCCCCGUCAGCAGGGCGCCGCCGCAGCCGGAGAAACUCCAGACCAACAAUGUUGGCAAGAAAAAGAGGCCCAUCGAGGACCUCGUGUUGGAGCUUGUUUUUGGCUAUCGAGGCAGAGACUGUAGGAAUAAUGUUCACUAUUUAAAUGAUGGUGAUGAUAUAAUUUAUCACACUGCAUCCAUUGGAAUCCUGCACAAUGUUGCUACAGGAGCUCAGAGUUUUUAUCAGGAACAUAAUGAUGAUAUUCUGUGCCUCACUGUAAAUCAGCACCCCAAAUUUAUCAACAUAGUGGCAACUGGCCAAGUAGGCGAUUCAGCGGACAUGUCAGCUACAGCUCCUUCCAUCCACAUCUGGGAUGCAGUCAACAAGCAGACCUUAUCUAUACUGAGAUGCUACCAUUCGAAGGGCGUGUGCUCAGUCAGCUUCAGCGCUACCGGCAAGCUCCUGCUGUCUGUGGGGCUAGACCCAGAACACACCGUUACCAUCUGGAGAUGGCAGGAAGGUGCCAAAAUCGCCAGCAAGGCCGGUCACAACCAGCGUAUCUUUGUGGCCGAGUUCCGACCAGACUCAGAUUCCCAGUUUGUCUCUGUGGGGGUGAAACACGUGAAGUUCUGGACGCUGGCCGGGAGGGCUCUGCUCAGCAAGAAGGGGCUCCUGAGCACCCUGGAAGACGCCCGGAUGCAGACUAUGCUCGCCGUCGCCUUCGGUGCAAGUAACUUGACGUUUACAGGUACCAUCAGCGGAGAUGUGUGUGUGUGGAAAGAGCACGUGCUGUGUCGCGUCGUGGCCAGGGCGCACACCGGGCCUGUGUUCACCAUGUACACCACCCUGCGAGACGGGCUCAUCGUGACGGGGGGCAAGGAAAGGCCGUCUAAAGAAGGAGGAGCGGUGAAGCUGUGGGACCAGGAGCUGCGGCGAUGCCGUGCCUUCCGGCUGGAGACGGGGCAGGUCACAGACUGCGUCCGUUCCGUGUGCAGAGGCAAAGGCAAGAUACUAGUUGGGACCAAGAAUGCUGAAAUAAUUGAAGUUGGAGAGAAAAACGCAGCGUGUAGCGUUCUAGUUCACGGUCACGUGGACGGACCCAUAUGGGGCCUGGCGACGCACCCUUCCAGGGACUUUUUCCUCUCCGCUGCCGAAGACGGGACGGUGAUACUCUGGGAUAUUGCCGACAAAAAGAUGCUGAACAAAGUGACUCUGGGGCUAGCUGCUCGCACUGUGUGCUACAGCCCUGAAGGGGACAUGGUGGCCAUCGGAAUGAAGAACGGGGAAUUCAUCGUUCUGCUGGUGAGCUCGCUGAAAAUAUGGGGGAAGAAGAGAGACAGGCGAUGUCCCAUUCAUGACAUCAGGUUUAGUCCAGAUUCCCGGUUUCUGGCAGUGGGUUCUAGUGAGAACUCGGUGGAUUUUUAUGACCUGUCAUUGGGCCCCACCCUUAACCGAGUCAGCUGCUGCAGGGACAUUCCGAGCUUCGUCAUCCAAAUGGACUUCUCUGCAGACAGUAGGUACCUGCAGGUCUCCACUGGCUGCUAUAAACGGCAUGUCUACGAAGUGCCUUCGGGAAGACAUCUGCUGGACCCGGCUGCCAUCGACAGAAUCACCUGGGCCACGUGGACCAGCAUUCUGGGGAACGAAGUCCUGGGGAUCUGGUCAAGGCACGCCGAGAAAGCUGACGUCAACUGCGCCUGCGUGUCUCACUCAGGAAUCAGCCUCGUGACGGGAGACGACUUUGGCAUGGUUAAGUUAUUUGACUUCCCGUGUCCUGAAAAAUUCGCAAAGCACAAAAGGUUCUUGGGUCACUCACCCCAUGUGACAAAUAUUCGAUUUACCAGUGGUGACCGACACGUUGUCAGUGCUGGAGGUGAUGACUGCAGUUUAUUUGUCUGGAGAUGUGUGCACGCGCCUCACUGAAGGGCGCGGGUGCUGAGAAGAGGAUGGACUGACAGCCUCGGGAAACCAGGAGGGCAGACGAGGGAAGAGCCAAGUGGUGCUAAUUAAAGAUGGUAACAGGGAUACACGCCAGAAUCAUCUAAAUAGAAGACUCGUGCAUUCGGGAUAUUUAUCAUAUGCACUGGCUGACUGUUAUCCAUACACUGCGAGAGGAUUGCAUUUCAAGGAAUGACUGAAUGAAUCCUCAAUAGUGAGAGCCAACCCCCAUUUGCAAAGAGAGUGCAAAUUUGGCAGGCCUGCUAGGGAGGGUCAGAGUAUAGCAUUCCUAAAAAACACACACACACACAAAACCAAAACCUUAAAACCCAACUUGGAUAAUUUUCAUCAUCCUUUUAGCAAAAGUUUUAAAAUUUAUAUUUUAUUUUCAAGUGUCACGGUUUAACGGAGUAUCCAUCACCCUAAAGAACGUAGUGAACAGGUGUCUCCCUGCAGAAGCACACACGCUCCACGGGAGGGCACGCUGCACCCCAGGCGUGAGCGCGAGCCCUUGGAGAAGGGGCAGUGUUCUCCUGGCACUGAUAACACGGCGUGUGAUCGCUGCUUUUCCUUUCUGAGCGGUCAGACCUUAUGUUCCGAAGUCAUGUGUGUAUUUGAAAAGGUAAAAUGAUUAUAGCCUCAUUAAUGAAAAAGUAGUAAGAUGAACAAUCAUUCCCAUUGUGUACAGUUUUUUAAGGUUUUAGAUAGCAAUAGUAUUUAACUGGGAGAGAAUACUGAGUAUUUAAAGAUGAAGUCUCAUAGAAAUAUUUGUUUAACAUGUAAACUAAAGAGUUAAAUCCACAAUCUGGUUAGCUCCUGAAAUACAAUUUUGUAGUUUGUUAGAAGUGUGCCCGCCCCGCAGGCCAACUUCCGCAAGGAACAAAGACAAGUUCACUGGGAACCAGUCUGGUUCCUUUCUGGUAGACGGAGGCCGAGCUCUUAGACCUUUACCCCUACUCACUCCAAGUGCUGCCAAAGACCAGUGUUUGCCAUUCAGGAGUCUGCUGUUGAGGCUGUCUGUAGUUUCCUGAAGACUGGAAAUUAUGUAGACUGACAUUUAAAAAUAUAUUUUUCUAAGUGUGAAGAAGUUUAAGAUGGUCUAUUGGUCCUAUGAAUAUUUAUUUUAAUGUGUUUGUAGCAUAAUGGACCCCUUCAGGCUUCUGGAAAUCUCCGUUUUCUACAUCUAACACCUUGUAAAUACUAAAACAAAUGGCUAAAUUAUGUUGCAGGGAGCCUGACCAGUGAUUGAACCUGGCCAGCUGUGUCCGAAGGACUGACUAAAUGUGUUUAAGAAGCUUGAAACAUAAGAUCAUAUUCUUUCAUUAUUCACAUCACUAUAUUCUCCUAAAUAAAGCCAAAUUUUAGAAUACACUAAUAUCACAUUUCUUUUCAUGUGUGUUCUAAAGGGGUAGUCAAUAAAUUAAAGGGAAAAAUUCCCCUGAAAUACCCUCCCCCUCCAUUUUUGAGACUGCUGGCAGUCAACUCUGUUAGCUUUUGGGAAGAGAACAGCUAGCUCCGUUAGCUGAAGAGAAAUGCCAUUCCCAUUAGUGUGGGCAGAAUCUCCCCUAACAUUAAGCAAGUAAACGACAUGGGAUAAAAUUGUUUCCAUUGCUCUUGCUCCUGCAAGUAGCCAACUUCAUAAACUAGCCUUAAUCACUGUUGUCGGUUUCACGAGUAAAGGUCACCUUGAACUUAAGGAGUCAUCCCACCACCACCUUGCUUUUUUGUCGUCAAACUAAGGGAAAGUGAGUAACACGCUGCUCUUUUUUCACCCGGAAGUCUGCGUGCAGCGUCUGACUAAGGCUGCGGACUUCGCAGCCGGACCCGGCAGCCCCGCCCGUCCCGCGGCUGUGGGAGCCUGAGCCCCAGCGCCCUCCGCUCCGAUGCCCUGGCUUUUCUGUGACUCCUGAUGGUGGUGGUUCAUGUUAGACCAAGUUCCCCAACAGAUGUUUUAGAGUCAACUUUAGCAACU